GCCAACGCGUUCGGAAGCAGCUCUCUCUCUCCCACACACUCUCUCUCUCUCUGUCUCUGUCUCUCUCUAUUCGUCUCGCUUCCUCCAUCUCUCACACCCCCACACUUUCAACGACUCCAGCGGGAAAAGUGUGAAAAGUUCUGCUCUUAUGUACACAACUCCCCGAACCCGGUAAAAUGUUUCUGGCGGUUAACCAGAGUCUGCAGAACACCAGCAAGAAGAAGCGGAAGCGGCGGACGGCUGAGGAUGAUCCGCAGGAUCCGGUGCCCCCGGUGCCGCCCCUGGAGUCCAGUGCCUCCAGUGACCAGCUGGUCGGACCUGGAGGAUCCCCCAGAUGCCAGGUGUGCAAGUGCCCCGGCCGCCAGUCGCUGGCCCUGGUCUACAUCUACCUGGGCGCCCUCACCCUCAUCCUGGCCAGCCUAUCGAUCGUCUUCUACACGCACACCCAGGACGAAUCCUCGCCUGCGCCGCUGGACACAUCCUACUUCGCGUCGAGUGCUUUCCGUUCUCAAUUCCAGGCGGAGCUGAUGCGAUCGCAGGACGAGCUGAGGACGCUGGUCAGCAGGAUACUCGAGGAGGAGCAGGAACUGGGUGGCGGCACCACGGCAAGGAGCACCAGCCAAUCGCAGGAUCCCCUGAAGAACGAGCGCAAGUUCACGGACAACCUGAUUAGCCACACGCCGCGUCCCACCGGAAAGCGAAUGCGUCGGGACAUCGCCUCAUCCGCUCCCGCCUCCAUGCAUGCCGAUCCACUAAUCGAGUUCUUCAAUCCGAACCAUCGCAAGGUUCUCGAGGAGCAGGACACCGACAUCCGCAAGCGAACGGGCCAGAAGGGCGCCGCUCCCGGCGGAGAUGAGUGGAUCUACCUGAACACCUACUGCCGCGUUCCGGAGAAGAUCAUCACGGGCUUCUGCAAGGGCACCCAGGACUACUGUCCGCCGGCCCCGCAAGGACCCACGGGGGAAGUGGGUCCUAAGGGGCCCACCGGCAAUCCCGGCCUGCCCGGCAUCCCGGGUCCCAAGGGAAACCGCGGAGAUGUGGGACUGCCCGGUGCCCCCGGCGUCGAUGGUGUGGGUCAUUUGGGUCCAGCCGGACCUCGCGGACCCAAGGGAGAUCCCGGCGUGCUCGGACGAGCCGGCUUGGAUGGCCGGGAUGGAGUGCCCGGCGAACCGGGACUCGAUGGAGUACCUGGUCGGGCUGGAGCCGAUGGAAAGAACGGCCUCUCCGGUCGCGAUGGCAAGGAUGGACUCCACGGCAAGGAUGGCAAGGACGGGCUGUCCAUCACGGGACCCAAAGGAGCCCAGGGACCGCCCGGCGAACGGGGUCUCAAGGGCAUUGCCGGUCCACGUGGUCGUCCUGGCAAGCCGGGCACCAAUGGCACACCCGGAGUGCCCGGCAUCAAUGCCUGGAAAUUGCAGUUUCCCAAUGGCAGCUCCUCCAACGACCUGCUCAUUCCGCCCUCCAUAACAGAUCUGCAACAUCCGGACUUCCAGCGCACGGUGAUUGUGGAGGAGGGAAGAUCCCUGAACCUGAGCUGCUCGGCCACGGGAACUCCCACACCCAUGGUGGAAUGGCGCCGCGAGGAUGGCCGCACCAUCAAUGUGAAUGGCGUAGAGAUGGCCUCCAUCAGCGGACAGUUCCUGAAGUUCACCAACAUCACCCGACAUCAGAUGGCGGCCUACACUUGUUAUGCCAACAAUGGUAUCGCUCCCGUGGCCAAUGCCACUUUCAUCGUGGAAGUGCAGUUUGCCCCCAUGAUAUCGGUGUAUCGCCAAAUGAUUUACGCCGAGUACCAGAGCAGUGCCACACUGGAGUGUCAGGUGGAGGCCUUCCCCGAGGCCAUUCGGUAUUGGGAACGGGCCUACGACGGCAAGAUCCUGGAUCCCAGCGAGAAGUACGGCAUUGAAUCGUACCCGGAGGGCUUCAAGACCUCCAUGCGACUGACCAUCAGCAAUCUGCGCAAGGAUGACUUUGGCUACUAUCAUUGUGUGGCCCGGAAUGAAUUGAAUGCCACCAUGGUCAACUUUGAAAUAGCACCUCAAGAUCCGAAUAGUGAGACCCCCUAUGUGGGCAAUAGCAUAAAGGUAUAUGGCCAAAGACCGCCGGAAAGUGAGUGUCCUGUGUGCGACCAGUGUCCAGAUCCCAGUUUAUACCAGUGCAAAGAUUCCAUUCUGAAUAACUUUGAAAUACAACCCACGGGCAAUCUGAGCUAUCCAGGCUUACCCAAGCGACCGAAGACCUGCUAUCUUUAUGCAGUGGGCAAGCCCGUUUUCCACAAGGUGGUCAAUGAAAAGUUCGGCUCUUGGCUGAGGGAUCCAUCUCCGGAUAGCGAUCGUGAGAAGACAUUCGUGACGAAUGAGAACGAUCCGUACAAUCUGUUUGAGUUCACCACUCGCAUCCAGUAUCGAAUGAAUAGCAUCCCCAGGCGGAAGUACGAAAUACAAGAGGGUUUUCAUGGAAAUGCUCAUGUGGUGUUCAAUAACUCGUUUUACUAUCAACAAAGGAACUCGGAUCUGGUGGUCAAGCUGGACUUGAUCAGUCUCAAGAAGAUAACCACACAACUACCAUAUGCUGGAGUGGCUGCUGGGAAUAGACUUUACACAACGGACUUCAACUACAUGGACUUCAAUGUGGAUGAAGUGGGUCUGUGGGUGAUCUAUAGCACCUACAACUCGAACAACACAAUGGUGGCCAAGUUGGAUGCGGAGACCCUAAAGAUGCAGUACAACUUUAACAUCACCCUGGACCAUCAUCAGUUCGGUGAGAUGUUCAUCGUGUGUGGCAAUCUGUAUGCCAUCGAUUCGGGUACGGAUAAGAACACCCAGAUUCGAUAUGUGGUGGAUUUGUACAAGGGCAAGCUCCUCAACACGAACCUGCCCUUCUCGAAUCCCUUCAGCCACACCACCACCGUUGGCUACAAUCCCCAGACAGUGGAACUCUACUCCUGGGACAAGGGCAACGCACUCACAUAUCCCAUACGCUACAACGAACAGCGUCUCAUCUCCGACAAUAGUUAGGAGCCACAAAUAAACAGAAAGUAAAACGAUCUUAAAGAUCCACAGAGUCCAGGCUCAAAUUUACCUAGUCUAAGGCACAAUAAAUAAACUG